AUGUGUGCCGUGUGCGGCCAACCCGUCGAUGUCGACUCCGAGGAAUCCGCCUCGCUCUCCGUCAUGCACUCCAGCGCGGCCGUCAAAGUCUCCGCCGAAGAGGCGCAGCGCCUCGACUCCGAAUCCACCUCCCACCUCCUCUCCCAACGCAAACUCGCCCUCAUCGUCGACCUCGAUCAGACCGUCAUCCACGCGACCGUCGACCCCACCGUCGGCGAAUGGAUGCGCGACUCCACAAACCCCAACUACCACGCCCUCCAAUCCGUCGGCAAGUUUCGCCUCGGCAUCGACGGCGAAGAGAUCUCCGACCAAGACGCGGAUGCGGCCAAGGCGUCCAGAGCCUGCUGGUACUACGUCAAACCGCGACCGGGAGUUCCUGAGGUCCUGAAACGACUGUCAGAAAAGUACCAGCUGCACGUGUAUACGAUGGGUACGAGGUCGUAUGCCAACUGCGUCUGCAAGUUGAUCGAUCCGGACGCGAGCAUUUUCGGCAACAGGAUUUUGUCGAGGGACGAGAAUGGGAGCUUGGUGAGGAAGAGUCUAAGUAGGUUGUUUCCGGUGGAUCACAGUAUGGUCGUCAUCAUCGAUGAUAGGGAGGAUGUAUGGAGUAGGAGCCCGAAUCUGCUGCCGGUUCUGCCGUAUGAAUUUUUCGUAGGCAUCGGAGAUAUCAACGCCACUUUCUUACCGACUCCGCCACCACCGCCGGGGGCUUUGCCGGGAACGAAGGCAGCGGAACCGAGCGGCAAAUCUGACGACGCGGCAGGGGCUACUGCUGGCGCUGCUGCGUCAACGAAAGCAUCAGGCGCAGAACCCGGUUCGAGCCGCAACGGCAGCGCCUCUCCGACGACACCGGAAAAAGCAGUCGAAGACGCAGUGCAAAAAGCAGAAGCAGAAGGCCGAACCGAGGAGGAAUUGCAAGCGGUUCGAGAGGCCGCAGCGCAUUUCGUGGCACAGACGGAAAAGCUUCAGAGCAAGUUGGCGGAACAGAGGGAAGCGAGACCGCUAGCAAAGAUGCAGGAAGCGUUAGACGAAAAGCUCGGAAGGCAAAGCAACGGUGCUUCACGGUCGGGCACUGCCACGCCCAACGGGCACGGCGACAGUCCCGCUGGCCAGUCAAGUGGUGCUGAUAGCAGCAGUAGUGGUAGCGAGAGCCCCACUGGCGAUGAGCGCAGCGCAGAUGCAAUCACAGCAACCGCACCGUCAGACGACCAGUCGGAAGAAACCACCACUCCACCAACCUCACCCUCCUCAUCAAACACAAGCUUACCGCCUCUACCACCUCCACCGCCGCCACUCCCCCCGCAUCGCUCUCACGCAGUCCUCGUCGACGACGACAACGAACUCGAUCGCGUCCAAUCCAUCCUCGAAGACCUGCACGCCCAAUGGUACACCGCCCACGAUUCCAUGCAGUCCCCCUCCACCCUUCAAAAGCCCUCCGUUGUCGAUCUCAUCGGCGCGCGGAAAGCCAAAGUGCUUGCCAACUGCACCAUUGUCUUCUCCAGCAUGAUACCGUUCGGCCACGAUCCCGAGAAAUCCGACCUCUGGGCCAUGGCGCGAGAGUUCGGUGCGACGCCGGCGUCGGAGAUCGAACCGGGCAAGACGACGCACGUCGUGGCAGCGAGACCGGGGACGGCAAAGGUGCACCAGGCGUUGCGGAUGGGUGGGCAGUUGGAGGUGGUCUGGCCGAGUUGGUUUCAUGUGUCGGCGAGUAGGUGGGCGAGGCAGGAUGAGGGGUUGUACCGGAUAUCGAUGGCUGAGAAUACGGUGGCGAGUGCGGGUGCGGUGAAGGCGGGAGCAGUGGAGGGGCAGAAGGAGAAGCAAGAGGUGGUGGAACAAGCGAAGGUCGAGGAGGUAGCAGAGGGAGAAAAACAGGAGGAGACGUUGUUCGAAAACGAACUGAACGACAUGGACUGGUCUGCUGCAGCGGACGAAGUCGACGCCUACCUAGAUUCAGCCACUACGGCGAGCAACACUUCAUCGCCUUCCCCAUCGAUGCUUGCGGCAGACGAUGUCGUGGACAUCGAUGAUGCCGAAAUUCCGGCCGACGGUGGAAAGAGGAAACGUCGACUAACGGACGAUCUGCAAGCAACGGAUUUCGCCCAGUUGGACAAGAAGCAGCGUUCGGAAGAGAACGAGCCUGACGAAGAAGAUGAUGAUGAUGCAGACGAUGGGUUCUUGGACGAUUUGGCGGAAGAGUUGGAUGGACAACUGGAUAAUGAGUGA